CCCGCCAUAUCCCAUAACCACAACAAGCAUUUGUUGCGUCCAAUUCUCACUAUUUUAUACGUACUUGUAUUGAACAUAAAAUAACUAUUUAAUAAAGUAAAAAUAUAAAAUUAACAAAGCAAAUGCACAAUGAAUAAACGCAAUGCGUCAACGUCAAGACCUCCUGCCAAAAAAGGAAAAUUCAACGACGACGAUGAUGAUGAGGAGCUACCCAGUUCUUUUGUCGCCGAGUUGGCGACAAUGAAUGACAUGGAUGAGGACUUUGGUGAUGUCAGUCAGUUUUUUGAUGAAGAGUUUGGUCCUAGUACUUCUGAUGAUAAACAAGUAAAUAAAGGUCCCGUAGACGAGAGCCCAUCUUUAAAAUGGGCGCGUCCGCCAGUUCCCGAACUAGACCCGAGCAAGGAUGCCCUAAUCUUCCAACAAAUCGAAGUGGACCACUACAUUGGGAAGCCCAUUAAUGGAAUGCCCGGAAGCAGAGGAGGUUCUAUUCCCAUAAUUCGUAUGUUUGGAGUGACCAUGUCGGGUAAUUCUGUGUGCUGUCAUGUCCACGGUUUCUGUCCUUACCUCUAUGUGUCAGCACCCCCAAAGUUCACCAAUCAGAACUGCCGUCCUUUCCGCGAUGCGUUGGAUACUGCUCUAAGGAAGGAUAUGCGUAGUAACCCAGAGAACAUAGUCGAGAUCGUGCUUGCUGUGUCCUUAGUCCAGAAGAGAAACGUCUACGGAUACGCCGGACCCGACUUUAGCCCCUUCCUCAAAAUCACCCUGGCGGUUCCCCGGCUGGUCGCCGCUUGUAAACGGGUCCUGGAGCGGGAAGUAGUUUACCCCACAUUUACCCACGAGUACCGCGCCUUUGAAAGCAACAUCGACUUCGACAUCCGCUUCAUGGUCGAUACCGGCGUCGUCGGGUGUUCUUGGAUCGAGUUACCCCCGGGGAAAUGGCGCCAACGCACCAAGCAUGAGCACAAUCUGCCUAGGAUCACCCGCUGCCAGAUCGAGGCUGACAUUGCCUGGGACGAGUUCAUCGCUCACGCUCCCGAAGGCGAGUGGUCCAAAGUUGCCCCCAUCAGAAUCAUGAGCUUCGAUAUCGAGUGUGCAGGCCGUAAGGGAAUAUUCCCCGAGGCUAACCACGACCCAGUGAUCCAGAUCGCGAAUAUGAUAAUCCGUCAGGGCGAACCUGAACCCUUCCUCCGGAACAUCUUCACUCUAGACACUUGCGCCCCUAUAGUAGGAUGCCAGGUUCUCAGUUUCACUACUGAGAACCUGAUGCUGCAAAAAUGGGCCGAGUUUGUCCGCGUAGCUGACCCUGAUAUCUUCACCGGGUAUAACAUAAACAACUUCGACUUUCCCUACCUGAUAAAUCGCGCCAACCACCUCAAAGUCAAUAACUUCUGUUUCCUGGGGAGAAUCAAGGAUAAGAAGUCUGUGAUCAAGGAUACGGUCCUCCAAAACAAACAGAUGGGCCGUCGUGAAAACAAGUACAUAAACUUCGAAGGUCGCGUACCUUUCGACUUACUUCUGGUUCUAGUUCGCGACUACAAGCUCAGAUCCUACACCCUGAACGCGGUUAGUUACCAUUUUCUGCAAGAGCAGAAAGAAGAUGUCCACCACAGCAUAAUAACUGAUCUACAAAAUGGCGAUGCGCAGACACGCCGUCGGUUGGCAGUUUACUGCUUAAAGGAUGCUUAUCUCCCACUGCGUCUCCUGGACAAACUAAUGUGUAUUAUUAUUUAUAUGGAAAUGGCGCGUGUUACUGGUGUGACAUUGCCCAGUUUGCUCACUCGCGGCCAACAGAUAAAAGUAGUAUCCCAGUUGCUCCGCAAGACGCGCGAGCACGACUACUUGAUGCCAGUCCAUACUGGUGCUAUUAGCGAGGAACAGUUUGAUGGUGCCACUGUAUUGGAACCAAAACGCGGGUACUACAGUGACCCAAUAGCGACUCUUGAUUUCAGUUCUCUGUAUCCCAGUAUUAUAAUGGCGCACAAUUUGUGCUACACUACUCUGUUGUCCCAGGGUGCCAAGAAUAAGCUUUCUAUCAGCGAUGAAGAUAUUACACGGACUCCGUCGAAUUCUAUAUUCGUGAAAAGCAACCUGCGUAAAGGAAUCCUCCCGGAAAUUUUGGAGCAUCUGCUUCAGGCGCGUAAGAAAGCCAAGGCUGAGCUGAAGAAAGAAACAGAUCCUCUUAAGCAGAAGGUUCUUGAUGGAAGACAAUAUGCGCUGAAAGUCUCUGCUAAUUCUGUCUACGGAUUUACUGGAGCCCAAGUUGGAAAGCUUCCUUGCCUAGAAAUCUCCGCUAGUGUCACCGCGUUUGGUCGGCAGAUGAUUGACUUCACCAAGCAGCAAGUGGAGGAGCAGUACCGAAUCGCGAAUGGAUAUGAGCAUGACGCGAAAGUCAUUUACGGAGACACUGAUUCGGUAAUGGUUAAGUUUGGAACCAAGAAGAUUGAAGAGGCCAUGAGGUUAGGUCAAGAAGCUGCGGACUUUGUUACCGGGAAGUUCAUCAAGCCGAUAAAGCUUGAGUUUGAGAAGGUCUACUUUCCGUACUUGUUGAUCAAUAAGAAGAGGUACGCGGGGUUGUACUGGACCAAGGUGGAAAAGUACGACAAGAUGGACUGUAAGGGCUUAGAAACCGUUCGGCGAGACAACUGUCCUCUGGUAGCGAAUAUGAUGAACACAUGUCUUAAGAUUUUGCUGAUUGAGAGGAACCCGGAGGAAGCGCUGGACUACGCGAAGCAGGUGAUCAGCGACCUGCUGUGCAACAAAAUAGAUAUUUCGCAAUUGGUAGUCACUAAGGAAUUGACCAAGACUGAUUACACCGCGAGGCAGGCUCACGUAGAGCUAGCUGCCAGGAUGAAGAAGAGAGACGCGGGUACGGCGCCGAAGUUGGGUGAUAGAGUGCCUUAUGUUUUCACGAGUGCUGCUAAGGGUACCCCAGCCUACAUGAGGGCAGAGGAUCCUAUUUAUGUUCUAGAGAAUAACAUUCCAUUAGAUGUUAAUUAUUACUUGGAGAACCAGCUGUCGAAGCCCUUGGUCAGGAUUUUUGAGCCGAUCUUGGGAGACAAGGCUGAGAGUUUGUUACUCAAGGGUGAGCAUACCAGGACUAGGUCUGUGGUCACUUCGAAGGUUGGAGCACUGGCGGCUUUUACCAAGAAGAAGGCCGCGUGUAUUGGCUGCAAGAGUGUCCUCCCCGCGGAUAGAGAGAAGAUGGCGGUUUGUAAGUACUGUGAGGCCAAGGAGACCGACUUGUAUCAGACUGAGUUGCUUGCGGGUAGAAAACUAGAGGAAAAGUUCUGCAGGCUGUGGACUGAGUGCCAGAGAUGCCAGGGUAGUCUUCAUCAGGAAGUUUUGUGUACCAGUCGUGAUUGUCCAAUUUUCUACAUGAGAAAAAAAGUACAAAUGGAUUUAGACAAUCAAAUAAAACGGAUUGAAAGAUUCGGCGUACCUGAUUGGUAAAAGGAUAUUCACCAGUGAUUCAAUGAUCAAGAUUCAAGAAUUAGUCCAUCAAUUUUGUCUUUAAUAAUAAUUAGCAAAAUUUGAAUUACAAAAAACCUCUUGGUCCACCUUGGGUCGACAUUUGUUGUAUUAAAUUAUUUUUAAUAAUAAAAAACUAAUUACAU